AUGGCAGAGACCUCAGGGAAAAAACAAAUAAUAACUGCAGCACUCCCGUACGUGAAUAAUCUGCCCCAUUUAGGAAAUGUGGUGGGGGCCUUGCUAAGUGCAGAUGUGUACAACAGAUACUCGAAAAUGCGAGGAAAUGAGACCGUAUAUAUCUGCGGGACAGAUGAGUACGGCACAGCAUCAGAAGUAUCAGCAGAUAAAGAAGGGAAGACGCCAGCAGAGCUCUGUGCAGAUAACAGCAAAAAGCACAAAGAAGUAUACGACUGGUUCCAGAUAGAAUGCGAUGUCUUUGGAAGAACUUCCUGCGAGAGACACAAAGAAGUCACGCAGAAGCUCUUCACAGAGAUGUGGAAGAAUGAUGGCUUCAUUGAAAAGGAAGAACUAAGAUUCUUCUGUGAGAAAUGCAGCAUGUUUCUGGCUGACAGGUACAUAAAUGGUGUCUGUGCAUUAUGCAAGUCACCGCACGCCAGAGGAGACCAGUGCGAUGCAUGCGGAUGCGUCUUGGCAAAUGACGAGAUUCUGGAGCCUAUCUGCUCAACCUGCAAAAGUACACCGGAAAAAAGAAACACAAAGCACCUGUUCUACUGCCUGGAUAAAGUGCAGAGUGAAGUACACGAGCUAAUUGACAGCCACGCACUAAGAUGGUCACCUGCAGCAAAACAAAUUGCAUGCGAGUGGAAGGCAAAAGAGCUUAUUCCCAGGUGCAUAACCAGAGACCUAAAGCACAAGUGGGGUGUGCCUGUGCCGCUUGCAGAGUACGAAGGAAAAGUCCUUUACGUGUGGUUUGAUGCGCCCAUUGGGUAUAUUACAUUCACAGAUUUAAUUGGGAAGAUUUCUUGGUGGUCUGACCCGGAGGUAGAACUGUACCAGUUCAUGGGAAAGGACAAUGUCUUCUUCCAUAGCGUAUUCUUUCCUGCUAUGCUCUUAAAGUGCGACUCUGUCAAGAAAUAUCCAAAGAUGAUUUCAUCCACGCACUAUCUGACAUACGAAGGAGACAAGUUCAGCAAGUCCCACAACAGAGGAAUAUUUGGGCACAAUUUACUGAAUGAUGCCAUAGGGCCAGCUGGCAUAUGGAGAUUCCACUUGAUGCGGCGCAGACCAGAGACAGGCGACUCAGACUUUUCGUGGAGGGAGUUCCAUGAGUCCUUGAAUGCCGUGCUGAUAAAUACAAUUGGAAACCUGUGCCACAGAAUACUGUCGUUCAUUAGUAAACGACUGAGUAAGCGGCUUAAUUCCCCAAAACUACCUGAUGCCGUGGUUGAGUCUCUGAAUGACGCCUUGAUCAAGUACAUACACCACAUGGAGGCAACUGAAAUUAGGCAGUCAAUUGAGUGCAUUAUUUCUGUCGCAUCAAUUGGGAAUGCGUACAUACAGAAGGCAUUUGAGGAGAAGGUGGACAAAGAUGAGCUUGGGGUCAGGAUGUCAUCUGCUGCGAAUAUUCUUCUUCUUAUGGGAAGGAUGAUGCUUCCAGUGGUUCCUGCAGAGGCGCAGAAAUUGAUUGAUAUUUUACAGGUGCCUGGGAAACAGAUGCUGCAAAGCACAUUCACGGAGGAGCUACUGCACGACCACGAAAUAUCAGAGCCGUCACUUCUGUUCACUCCUCUGACAAAUGAGCAGAUCUCGCAGGUGGAGAAGUUUUGCCUGAGUGAGUGUCCGUUUGUCAAGAGAAAGGAGUAA